CCCUUACUUCAACAUCCGGGCUCUCCGCUCAAACCACGCGCACUUCGCAAAAGUGACAUCUUCUUCUUUCUCUUUGCCUACAAAAGUCACAGAAACUUCGCUGUUUACCGCUACAAACAUGCCUAUCGGAAAGGGACAAGGAAAAGACGAUAUAGGGAAGAUUUUUGUCGGUGGCCUCGCUAUUAGCACGGACAGUGCUGGGCUACAGGGAUACUUUGAGAAGUAUGGAGAAGUUACUGACUGUGUACUUAUGACUGACCCAGUGACCAAGAGAUCAAGGUGUUUUGGCUUCAUCACAUUUAGAGACCCAUCCGUUGUGCAAAAUGUUAUGGAUGACAAACCCCAUCAACUUGAUGGAAAAAUGAUUGAUCCAAAGCCAGCAGUUCCUCGUGGCCCAGGACAAGGCCCUCCCCAAGGUGGUGGUGCUGGCAGAGGACCCCCACAGGGCCAAAGAGGAGGAAAUCAAAAUAAUGAAUUCAAGAUUUUUGUUGGGGGUCUUGCUCACUCAACUUCCAAACAAGACCUAGAAGAUUACUUCACUGCUUAUGGAAAGGUGGUGAGUGUGAACUUGAUGGUUGACCCACAGACUCAAAAGAUGAGAGGAUUCGGGUUUGUUACAUUUGAAUCAAAGGACAGUGUUACGAAGGCUGCAGAUGAGCAUUAUCACCAAAUCAAUGGAAAAACGGUGGAAGCUAAACGGGCGGAGACCCGUGAACCUCGCUCACGUCAAAACCAAGGUGGUGGUGGUGGCGCACCUGGAAUGAUGGGAGGUCCCCAGUAUGGCCAGUUUGCUGGCUAUGGCCAGCAGCGCCCUGGAAUGCAAGGCAUGGGUAGAGGUUAUGGAGGGGACCAGGGAUAUGGGUAUGCUGCACCUGGGGGCUACCCAGGAUAUGGAGGCUAUGGUGCUCCCGGCAUGGGUGCGGCUCCACAGGCUAACGGUGCAGGCUAUGGAGCUGCCCCAGGAUAUGGCGCUGCUGGAUAUGGAGCACCAGGAAGGGAGGCCCAGGCAGCUUAUGGUGCAAAUGCAGGUUAUGGCAUGCCUGGUUAUCCUGCGGCUGCGGCCGCUCCUGCUUCAACAGACUAUGGACUUGCCGCCCCGGGCACUGCGGGCGGGGGGGUGGCAGCUCAUGCAGAAGCUGGUGGCAUGGGAGAUUACAGCGCUUAUGGUCUCGGGAGCUACCAACAGACAGACUCGCAGUACGGCCCCACCCGGGGGUCUGUGCCGGCUGAUCCUUACGCGGGUUACCCUGCCGCUGAGGCGUACGCUGCCGCAGGUGCCGCCGCAGGGGGGUACGGGGAGUCUUUCGGUCGUGGAGGGGGGGUAGCAGGGGCCUCUAGAGGCUUCCACCCUUAUGGAAGGUAGACCUUAAAUGGGAUCAAGACCUCCGAAGAGGAAGACACCGAAGAACGUCACUAAACCUUGUUGGGACUAGAUGCUAAAAAUGCCACAAAGCUUACCCGGUUUUUGGGCAUUCUAUAGCUGUUUACGAUUUAGUUAGUGUUUUUUUUUACGUUCUGAAUACGCGCCUUUCCAUCAUUUGUAGACAAAUACACGCUUGCUCGCUCAUAUAGAAACUCUUGAACGUCUACAAAAGCGGAAUGUACUUAGCCUCUUUUUUUAUUCUGUGUCCCACCCAUGGAAGACGUGUCAAAGUUAUAGGAUUUUCAUGAAAUGGCUAAAGAUUAGUCUUUUUGAUAGACGAUUAUCCGAAUGACGAAGAAAAGACUUGAAUAAUUUCAACAUCCACGUGUGAACCACAACUUCUACUUUAGGACGAACCAUUAGAUAAUUGUUUUGUUUUUAUGCACGAUCGUACCCCAUGCUUUUUUCUUAGGUUUGCCACGCAAUAUUUUGUUAUUAGAAUGUUGUUUGAUAUUUUGAGGAAAUUUUCCCAUCGAUUUUCUAAUGGUCCGUCCUUAGCCAAGAUGGCUUGUUUCCAUUUUAUUGCCAAAUAUUUAACGUAUGAUUUUAUCAGUUUAUGGAUAAGGGAGGUUUAGGUUAUUUCAGAUAGCUUUUGAGCUGCUUAUUAUAUCAAUAAAGUUGAAUUGUUUAACGUUUGUA